AUGCGACAACAAGUGUCGACUUUACUCCUCCAGCAUAAACGCCAGAUGACGAUUUCUAGGGCAGAAGAUCGAGAACUUUUGAAAAUACGAAAACUUGAGGAUAUCGUCACUCUACCCACCGCCAAGGGACGCUUGACUAUCGUCAAUUAUAAGGCUGAGUACUGCACAAAACUAGGCAACCUCUUGAUGGAUAGGGAAGCUUAUGAGCUAUCGACUGUCAGCGAGUUCAAAAAGCUCGUAGACAACAUCAACAAGACGAUCGGCAAGCUGAAGAAGGCGGAAGCUCUUACAAGAAGGGAUGCGCCGACCGCAAAAGCCAGUGAUGUCGCAAUGGCGCGCUUCUACGGUCUACCAAAGGUCCACAAGCCGGGGAUGCCGCUACGCCCCAUCGUCUCCUUACGUGGUAUCCCAACCUUUGGGCUGUCAAAGUGGCUGCGCCCGCGACUUUGUUUCCUUGCCAAGGAUUGGGAGUGGACAGUGAAGUCGGCUGAAGAGUUUUUGCCGUACAUCAAACGUCUCGAAGUAGAGGCGGAUGAGAUGAUGGUGUCUUUUGACGUGAUCUCAUCAUUCACCCCCAUCCCACCCACGCUGGCCAUGGACGCUAUUUACGGUUUUCUCCGGGAAAUGUACAGUGAGUGA